AUGGACCCUUUCUCUGCAGAAGGAGUCGCUAUUCUUGGAUCAGUCCAGCCCUGGGGGAAAACCCACCCAGCCAAAGCGCAUCAAUUGCUUAAUAUUCACAAUGCCUUUCAUCAGGGCCAGUAUCAAGCCGUCAUCGACUUCGACACCAGCUCUCUCUCUCCCGAGAACGCACUGGCCGCUCGAGUCCUACAGCUUCGCGCACAAAUUGCCCUUGGACAUGCAGAAGAUGUUCUUGCAGAUAUAGAGGGUGAAGAUGAUGAGGCCGAUCUUGCUGCCGUCAAAGUCGUGGCACAGUACGCUGCUGGCGAUCACGCAGGAGCUGUCUCGGCCGCCCAACAGCUGGCUGCUUCAUCAGCCGACAAUGCCACUGUUCAAGUUCUUGCUGGUACUGUUUUGCAGGCGGCUGGAAAGACCGACGAGGCGCUGGCGCUUCUGGCAAAACAUCAGGGGAGCCUUGAAGCCGUUGCCUUGACUGUUCAAAUCCACCUUCAGCAAAACCGGACCGACCUCGCCGUUAAGGAGGUGACAGCGGCAAAGAGAUGGGCUCAGGAUAGUUUGCUUGUAAAUUUGGCAGAGUCCUGGGUUGGUUUGAGAGUCGGAGGAGACAAAUACCAGCAGUCAUUCUACAUUUUUGAGGAGCUGGCUCAGGCGCCUUCGAGUUCCGCCGUCAAGAGUCUGGUCGGCCAAGCCGUGGCUGAGUUGCACUUGGGUCGGCUGCCUGAAGCCGAAGCUGCUCUGCAACAAGCUAUUGAGAGGGAGCCUGACAAUGCGGAAGUAAUUGCCAACACUGUGGUGCUCUCGGCUAUCCUAGGAAAGAGCGUGGAAGAACCAUUGUCGUCACUUCAGUCUGCAGCGCCCGAGCACCCGCUUCUGCAAGACAUUCAGGAAAAGAGCGAGCUGUUCGACAAAGCUGCAGCAAAGUAUACCCCCAAAGUUUCAUCAUAA